CUUUUCUCAGCAGCAGGGGAGGGGAAAUGAAUGACUGCAUGUGAGCCAAGCCAGCAGCUACAAACAACAGAGUAAGUGCUCAGGUUCUCACAACCUGAGGGCACCCUCUCCUGACAGCUACAUUGACAUAACACUGUCUUCCAUUCAUCUGAGCACAAAGGGCAGACUUUCUGUUUCUUUCUGAAGAUCCUUGGAAAGAAGCCUAUACUCCUUGUCUAAAGGGUCCCUGCAGCCACCAUGAAGACAGUCUGGGCCAUCCUGUGUUUCAUGGUGUAUGUGAACACAGACCUAGGCGGACACUCUGUACUGGCUCUGACCAACGUACCCGCACAGGAUGACGCGGAAAGUAUCUCAAACUUUGAUGGAGGCGCUGCGAUGCCUGCAGAGGCUCUGCAGGGGCUACUGUGGCUUUUUCGGACAGAUGACAUGCCUGCAUGGAAUUACAGCAUCCUUUCCCUUUCGGUUAUGGUUCUGCUCAUUGGCAUCGUUCUCUUGGGGACCAGUAUCAAGGCAAACAAAAACCGGAAGGUCACAUGUCUGCAUAAGGACGAGUAUGAAGACAAACAGCCUGAUGAGACAGAAACGAAGCAAGGUUUUAUGGCUUUGAAGGAGAGUAACAACUCAGACAAUCCUGCCGAAAACCUGCUUCCAAAUGCACAGAAUGCGGGACAGGUGAUGAUCCAGUGGAAAGAUGGGAACGUUACGCCCCUGUAUGCAGCUGCGUCUGAAGAGGAUGUAUAGCAGCGCACACAAGAGUUUUUGUUUCAGUGGAAACCUGUAAGAAUUACAGGAGUGUUUACAUGUUUGGAAAUCAGGGGCUUGUCCGUACGGCUGUUUACACCGCCGUAAAUGCGCAUAUUUCCAUUUUCGGACAGAUGACGCAGCCGCAAAUGCGAAGCCAUCCAGGGACAAACCCUGGAAAAUCUGCUCCAAAGAAUUUGGGCAUUUCCCCAACUUUUUUGCAGCGGAGGCAGAUCUUAGGCUCUUAAAAACUAAAAAAAAGUGUCGUCCGUCUCCCUCCCUUUUUAUUUUUAUCAUCUAAAUCUGCGGAGCUCUGCAGAAACAAAUAUAAAAUAUAAAUGGUAGGGACCGGUCAGCCACCAUCUGAAUAUGCAGAGCUCCGCAGAUUAGGAUCUUUAAAUUUAAAAAAAGGGGUGCAGGUGCAGAAGCUCUCCACCCCGCCUUCUUCCCCCGAGCUCUCCGUCCCAGCCGGCGAGGAGGUCUGCGGGUGGCGGCGGCGGUGGCGGGAAGGACGUCUCUUCGUCGGCUCUUCCAAAGGCCAGGUACACGAUUGCUUUCACGCCGCACUGGGGUCGCUUAGAAGCAAUCUCAGAACGACGUGCGGAUUCCCCCCAGGUCAUUGUCCAAUGCCAGCCCACCUGAAGCCUGCAGGGAAAAACUGCUUCCUAUGAGAUACUAAGGAGGUACUUCCUGUUAGGUUAGCCGGCUUGUGUGAAAGCAACCUCAGAAGUCAGAAGUCCUGCACUUACCCAAAUUAGUUAAGGCAGAUUAGCAACCCUUUAACACCUUUUAACCACCUUGGCAUACUUACAAUCUGGUUGAUUCAAAGGUGGAUCUUUUCUUAAAGUUCAUAUCUCAGUUAAACUGGGAGUUCCAGUCUGUGCAAGUAAUUGUGAGAAUGAAACCCAAAAUGGUAGUUAUCCCAACGAAUGUACGAGACUAUGAGCCUGUGUAUAUGGUGUUAAGUUAUUUCAGGAUCCUAGGGGUUGAAUAAAUCAAACCCUUAACAAUGAAGGAAAAUUGACUAUGGUGCCAAUAAGCAGAACGCAAGAGACGAUCCCACGCUUGGCUUUCCCAAAGUUUCCUUUAUUAAAAUAUUUCCCACAACAGUUGAGCAAAACCACAACACUGUAUCUAAAGAUAAUUUCUUAAGAAGAAGUGCAACUGAAGAUAGAAGAUAAGGCCACCCACCCCUAUUUCACCCACUGUCUGGCCUGCCAAAAAUGGGAAAUGAAAAUAAAUCAAUUGUUUUUAUUCAUAA